AUGUCUACUAUCAGUAGUGGCUGCUCUGUUCCAAUGUUGAUGAAAAGAGCAUAUACCACGGCUUUAAGACCGUUGCUACCUGAAGACCAUGUCUAUCAAUGGCUCAUAAUACAUGGGAGAGCAAGUUUACCUGAGACUUGGAGCUGGGAAACUGAAAUGUGGAAGGUCUUUGGGCUCGGGAAUGGGCCUUCACUAGUCGCAAUCCUCCCCAAUGCUGGAGUUCUGGUGAGCUGCUCGGUCUCCACUCAGUAUCCGCUCGUCUUAGCAAAGCCACAGUUCACGCUGGAUCAGGAGCAGCUCAACACUGUAAUCGCUAUUUCAGAACCAAAUACGCUUGGUGAGCCGUUGGGCAUGGGUGCGAGGGAUAGAUCAAAUGAAAAUAAUAAAAACAAACUAAACAUGCCCUCUGCAAUUGGCAUAUUUGAAUCCAAUUGCCGCUCGAUACAUCAUUUCGUUGACCUAAAAUCGACAUUAGAAAUGAAGCCCCAUUACUUCUGGUAUUGCAUCUGCGACUACCUUUCUGAAUACGAUUUACAUACUAUUCACUCUACCACUGUGAUUGCGGUUGUGGAAAUAUUUAGAUCCUCGUGGUUCUCAGAGUUUUCUCCUUCAGGUUUGAUGUUCGGCAACUGUUCAUAUUGCGGUAGCUCUUCGUAUCGCGGAAGGGUAUUCACUCUAUUUUGGUGGCGCCGACGAAUGGGUUGCUGCCUCAUGCUAGGAUGUUGCGAGCACGGCGUUCUCUUGAGACACCGUUAUACAGACUUCCGUGGUCGUGAAGGAUGCCAUUUGCUGGAAUCCGAAUGGAAAGUUGGCCGGGAAGUAUUGGUCGAGCAAGAGCCUGCCGGUAGAUGCCUAACUGUACUUUGGCUGCAAUACCAGGGUUCAGCUCAUCUUGGCCGACAAGGCGAGCAACCACGAGACCACCUUAACUUGACAGACGGACGACAGCUAGACCAACCUCGUUGUAGACUUCGCCAGACUCCAUGUCAAAAACGGCGUUCUUGUAAAUGGAGAGGUGGGAGAUACAAUACUCAUCAAUUGGGACGUUGGGUGGUAAGUCGGAUUCAGACAGACGGGUGUUGUCCACCAACGGAGAUUGGAGCCAACCGCAUCAGUGAGCCAUACUACCUCAAAGAUGAUCCGCUGAACUCAAAAGGAAACUCGCAUUACGGUUGCAACGAUAUUUGCAUCGUGGCUUAUGGCUUGAGUAGCCUCCAAACCUACGUUACGAUUGAGCUUUUUUCUGCCAGUAACUUCUCGAUUUGGUACGUAGCAGUUACGGUUCAAAAUCCUAGUACGUCUGUACUUCUCACCAACCGUAUCAACGUAGUACGUCUCCCAGCUUGCUCAAUUCACUCUCUACAACCCUAUGACGUAACCAGUUCUUUUGAAGCUGCAGAGCCUCAAUCGUAUCAACCCCAAGAGAAAGGCUCUCUCACAGUCGCAGCUCGUAGAGGGUAUACAGAGGAAAUCGAGGGCGAUUUGAAAACCACCGCCAUUCAGCCGACUGAUCAGGAUGAGGUGCUACAGACUGCAGAGUUUUACGCGAUUGUUACUCCAAAUCGCGACCUCAAACAACACUCCCGACGCGAUGGCCAAUCGGGUCUAAAAACAGGUUGA